AUGGAGUUCAGCCUAUCCACCUUUUACAGUGGCUUUGACGUUCAAAAAGACUAUGAGGUUGAUAACUCCAAUAUCGAUGAUAAGCUUUCCCAUGCAACCCAUGCUUUGGCACAUAGCUGGGAAGCCAUCCACCACAACAGCGAGCUUCUAGAAGAACUCAUAGACAUGGCUCACGGGUUUCAACAGCUCGAUCCCAAACACAAGAAGCAAGUCAAUUAUCUAAUAUCAUCAUCGCUCACUAAUGCAUCGCGUCAAUGCACACUUAUGAUAGAGGAAGGCGAUUAUGUAGAUAUGCUAGACGUGCUCAAACUGUGCUUGGAGAAGUACGGCUACCUUAUGUUUGUACUCCUUAAUUAUCUAUCACGAGAAGAUUUCCCCACCAGUACUUCCGCAAGACAAAAGCAAACCUCCGUGCUGUGGAAGAAUAAUUGUCAGCAGGUAGAUGAUGCCUUAUCGUCCGUGCUGAACUGCUUGCAAUUGGAUCUCUCCAAGAUCUUUGUCACUACUCCCGAAAAAAAUCAAUUCCUAGAUUUGUUUCUUCGACCUGUUUUUCAUCUCAUGGAGCUCCCUGAGAGGAUGAAGGUCAACACCAUCCGGAUCUAUAUGUUUCGUAUCAUUUCCUUUGCAGUAACUCGCCAUGGUAGCGAGGAAACAGUUCAAAACUCCGUCAUCCAAUCCUUGACAUACUACCCACAUUUACCACAGUAUAUGGCCGAGUUACUACAUACAUUAGAGAAGUCAUUCGACCAUAUCAAGCUCUCAGAAGAUAUUCUUCUAGAGAUAAGUCAACUCGAAUUCAAUGCAAACGAUACGAACGGACCGAAGGCGGUGUCUGAAUUCUUGGUCAAAGUGUCAGAGGUCAGUCCUAGAUUAAUCAUGAGGCAAAUGGCCUCCAUCAGCCAAAUUUUAGAUAACACAAACCAAUCACUCAGAUGCUCGGUUAUUGAAACAUGCGGCAACAUUGUUGUUGAUGCAUUCAAAACCCUUCACAGCAGUACAAACUCUUCAGAAGAUGAACGUGCCGAGAUCAGUAUGAAGCUGAUCGGUAAGUUGUUCUCGUUGCUUAAGCAAAGAACACUUGAUCAGAACCCAUUUGCGAGAACGAAGGCCCUUCAGGCUAUGGUUAAGGUUUUUAACAAUGCUCCUGUGAAGGACUACGUUGUGGCGGCUUUGGAGACCCCCGAUUCGAAAGAUCUUGACAUUGGACCCGCCAACGAAUGGUAUCAAGAAGUCAUGGACGUGGCUGUAACUGGACUCUACGACAGAAGUACUUUGGUGCGUAGAAACGCAAUCAAGCUCUUAUCGAAGAUCUUAAUUGAGCAUCCUUUCACGUCUCAAGAAGCAUUUCGUAUGCUGUACAGUCGUUGGGAGAGAAAACUUGAUGACCUUAAGGCUGCCAGUCAGCAUGUUGUACCUGAACGCUACUUCCAAAAGUUUAUGAAUCAGAACGACAAUGAUAAGUCAGAGGAGGAGACACCGCAAUCGCCCGCGGAGCAAAAUGAAGGGGACCCAAUGGAUGUCGACGAGGAAAACAACGAGAGGGAGAAAGAAACAGGGGAAAAUAUCCUAGAAGAGGAAAAUGCUGGAGUUGAGAAUGAUGCAGACUUUGACAAGGUCAAGAGUUUGAUGAAGCUCUGGGAAUACCACAACUGUGCUUUGGCGCUCAUCAAAAAGCUUGAAAGAGGUGUUGCGAUCACAUCUUCUCUCUUGUUUUCCAAGAAUAGAAACGAGGUGCUAGAGGCCAUGGACUUUUUGGUCUGCGCAGACGCCUACGGAGUUGAGAAUGCAAGUCAGGGUAUCAGGAAAAUGCUCCAUCUUGUUUGGAUGAAGGGAUCUUCAGAUGAGGGUAAAUCCAUCGCUACUCAAUUAGUCGAGUGCUACAAACUCCUAUUUCUUACCACUCCCUCAGACAUCACCGCUCAACAGGCUGCCGAGAUGAAAGCACGUAAUUUGAUCAAGAUCACCAUCAAUGCCACAGUUGCAGAUUUAGCGUCCUUGGAAAAACUCAUGUGCAUGAUCUACGAAGGAAAAUUAAUAGACUGGGCUAUGAUCGAGCUGUUGUGGUACAUCUACAGCAAGGCUGGAUCUAGUGACUCGCGCUACUCGCAAGCUCAGAUCCAUGGUGCUAUAAUUGUUCUAGGUAUGGUGUCCUCGGCGAAUCCAGCUAUCGUCCAAUGUGGUUUGAAGUCUUUGCUCGAGAUUGGUUUGGGCUCAAUUGGUAGACUGGAUUUGGUUCUCUGCAAGCACUCGUGUGCAACCUUAUUAAAAAUUGUGCAACCUCUGAAAAAGCGAACGACUGAGAGAAUGUUUGCAGAGGAUAGUGAAGCUGCAGACAGGUUGAAGGCCAUCUUGUUAUGUUACACUCCCCAAAGGGAAUGGUUCCCCGUGGCUGAACAAGCGAUUGAUGCCAUCUUCCGUAUUAUCACAAACCCUAUCGUGCUCUGUGAUGAUAUCAUAAAGUCGAAGACCAGAGACGUUUUUGUGACUGAAGCAGAGGAAGAAUCAAAAACAUCGUCACUCGCUCAGCUUCUCUUCAUUGUCGGCCAUGUUGCAAUCAAGACUAUAGAGCACCUUGAGAAGCUUGAGGCUCAGUUCAAGAAAAUGAAGCAUGAUUUAGAAGCGGAAAAGAGUAAUCAAAGGAAGGAGGAUGCUGCUGAAAACGAGCUUGAAAUGAUUGGUGGUACGUCUGAAGACGACUUUGCAGACGUUGUCGUUUUCAUCAGAGAGACUGAGAUCCUUUUUGGGGAGAAGUCGUUGUUGGCGAAGUUUGGCUCGUUGGUAACUGAAAUCUGUCUGAACAGAAGAGCCUACAACAAUGGAAUACUUCAAAGAUCAGCGGUGCUUUGUCUAUCAAAGUUGAUGUGCGUUUCGUCCAAGUUCUGUGAAGCAAACUUGCCGUUGUUCAUCACAAUCAUGGAGAAGUCUGAAGAUCCGGUGAUCCGUUCUAACUGUGUACUUGGUCUUGGUGACAUGGCAGUAUGCUUCAACAAUUUGGUGGAUGAGAAUACCGACUUCCUCUAUCGCCGUCUCACGGAUGACCAUCUUAUGGUCCAGAGGACUUGUCUUAUGACUGUUACCUUCUUAAUUUUGGCAGGCCAAGUGAAGGUCAAGGGUCAACUCUCAUCAAUGGCCAAAUGUCUUGAAAACCCGGAUCAAGGCAUCAGUGAUAUGUGCCGCUUAUUCUUUACUGAGUUGGCUACAAAGGACAAUGCUAUCUACAACGCUUUCAUUGAUAUCUUCAGUGGUCUCUCCAACGAUGACACAUUGUCCAAGGACGCUAUGAAACGAAUCAUCAAGUUCCUUGUGUUGUACAUUGACAAGGAGAAACACCAGAAGCAACUCUCGGAGAAGCUCUUGGUGCGUUUGAUGAAGUCCGAGACCGAGAAGCAGUGGAACGAUAUCGCCUUCGUUCUCACCACAAUCCCUUACAAGAACGACAACAUCACACAGGCGUUAGAAGCGGGCAUUAUCUUCAAGAGACUUCCCGAUCAAAACUACUCAGCAAAGAACUGGUAUAUCAUUGCCGUUUCUUCCUUCUAUGUGUUUGUGAUUUGUGAGCUUGGUUCCGGUUUACGGUCAUUGUUGAUUUCUUCAAUGGGCACAUACUUCAUCACCAGGUACUUGAGGACAAGCUAUAUGCCAUGGAUCAACUUCCUAUUCUUGAUGGGACACUUGCUCUCGACACAUGUCCUUUUGCAAUUCUUCCAGGAUUACGAUGCCACCGUGAUUGACAUCACUGGUGCUCAGAUGGUCAUGGUGAUGAAGCUCUCGGCCUUUGGUUGGAAUGUGCACGAUGCCACAGUGCCUAAGGAGCAAUUGACUCUGUACACCAGAGAAAGAGUGAUCAAGAAGCACCCCAAUCUUUUGCCAUACUUGGGAUAUGUGUUCUUCUACCCCUCUCUUAUGACGGGUCCUGCUUUUGACUACAUCGACUAUGACAGGUUCAUUCACUCUACUUUGUUUGACGAUGUCCCAGAGGAGAAGCGUCCAGGUAAGCGCAGAAGAAGGAGAAUUCCAAAGUCCGGUAAGCAGGCUCUUUCAAAGGUCCUCCAGGGUUUGUUCUGGGCUGCGCUUUUUGUCACUAUGCCUAAGUUUGUUUCUUUGGACUAUGCGCUUGACAAGAGCUUCGUUACUGACAAGUCGUUUAUUUUCAGAAUUUUCUACUUGUGGGUUCUUGGACUCACCUACAGACUCAAGUACUAUACGAUCUGGCUGAUUGCAGAGGGUGCGUGUAUUUUGUGUGGAAUCGGCUACAACGGUUACGAUCCUGAGACUGAUCUGUUUAGAUGGGACAGGGUUCAGAACAUCGACCCAUUGGCCUUUGAAACGGGCCAGAACGUGCAUGCUUGUCUAGAAGCCUGGAACAUGAACACAAACAAAUGGUUGAAACACUAUGUCUAUGUCAGAUUGGCAAGACCUGGCAAGAAACCCGGUUUCAAGAGCACUCUUUGCACCUUUGCCACCAGUGCUGCAUGGCACGGCACUAGACCCGGGUACUACCUCACAUUUGUCAUGGGCGCCUUGUUGCAGACUUUGGGCAAGAUUUACCGCAAGAACAUUCGUCCAAUCUUCUUGGAAGCCGAUGCUAAGACGCCAAAGAGUACAAAAAUCUACUAUGACAUUGUUUCUUACUUUGUGACACAACUUGCGUUUGGCUUCAUUGUGCAGCCAUUUGUCAUCUUGGACUUCCCGCUCUCGCUUUAUUGCUGGAGCACGGUGUACUUUUACGUCAUCGUUAUUACAGCCUUAACGCUCUUCAUCUUCAAAGGUCCUUUCAAGGUCCCAGUUGUCAAAUUCCUUCAAUCAUACCAGGCUAGCCAUGUCUUGGCUGAGAAGAAGAAAGAGGAGCACAAACUCUCUCCCGAGGAGACCGAAAAGGUUCACCAGACGGUUGGAAAGGUUCUCCAAAGAGAGACCUCUCAUGAGAUGCCUUUGCUUGGUCUUCCUUCGAUUGACGAGCUCGAAUCACUUACAAGAGAGGAACUCGAAGAAGAUGUUCGUGAAAUUCAACUAGCAUGGGAGUCGUUUAAAGACCGCAAAGGAUACGAGAACGACAUCAGAGACUUGAGAGAGGCCUACAGAAAUUUUACCAACGAGAUCGAAGAGAUCAUCGAGGAACAGAAGCGGGCAUUAGAGACGAAGAAGGAGAAGACGGAGAAGGCGGAAUAA